UUCAUGGAGCGGAUCGUUGAGCCUCAACUGAACUGAAUAUCGGAGGACGACAGCGUGGCUCUCGCUGCGGAGAACCCGCGUUUCUGUCCGUGUAUUCAUCCGAGGCAACCCCUCUUCCCCUCAAUGGCCGUGCUGUGUAAGGGCGUUGAGGCUUGAGCCAGUAGUCAGCUCCAGCCAGAGCUUCAUUGAACCCUGACCGCCAUCUUUGCUUUUCCUCCCAAAUCGCCAUUCAGAGCAUCCAUCCAUCGCAAAGCAAAUCAUCACAUCAUGUCUGCUCCUGUCAUCCCUCCCGACGGCACCAUCGUCCAGACCUUCAAGAGGUCGUUUGUCGACGUCCCCAUUGACGCCGACAAGGACAAUGCCAUCGCCACCACCGAGUUCCUCGACGCUGCCGAGUCCCUGACCACAAUCUUUGAUAUUCUCGGCGGCGUUGCCUUCUCCCCUGUCAAGAGUGACCUGAACGGCAACAUCAAGAAGGUCCGCGACCGCCAGCUCGCUGCCCCUGCCGAAUCGACCACGAUCCAGGACCUGGUCAGGAACGAGCUCGCCACGAAGAAGCACACGGCCACCGAGGGUCUGCUCUGGCUUGUCCGUGGCCUCGAGUUCACCUGCAUCGGUCUGUCCUCCAACAUCGCCAAGGAAUCCGAGGAACUCGCCGACUCGUUCCGCGCCGCCUACGGAAGCACGCUCAAGCCCCACCACAGCUUCAUGGUCAAGCCCAUCUUCAGCGCGGCCAUGAGUGCGACCCCCUACCGCCAGAACUUCUACGCCAAGCUCGGCAACGACCAGGAGAAGGUCAAGGUUGAGAUGCGGGCGUACCUGAUGGCGUUGGAGAAGGUGGUUGGCAUCCUCAAGGGCUUCCUUGACAGCAAGGAGGCCAAGUGGUAGUAGUGGUGAACUUUGUUGGCUGACAGGACACGUUUUACCGCUUAAGAUACAAUAAACACGAGAUUCAUCUCCAUAAUCACAUGCGCACGAACAAGGAUACCCUUUUGAUGACGUGAUGUUCAUUAUAAUUGUUCUCUAGCAUCACGAAAUAUCGCGCGUCCCGCGCACCCCCCCAAACCACCAUGCCGCCUUGACCGUUGAUGCCUUCGAAUAGACUAUU